ACUCCUUGGCCAGUCACGGGGCCAAAACCAGUGUUUGGAGCCACAGUGUGGCGGUGGAGGCAGCAGCAAUGGGAGGCCAUACGAGCAACCUAUGACAAAAUGGAAACCAGCAGGAGCGUGAGGAGACCUGAAAGUGACACAUGGCAGAGUGUGGGAGCAAUGGGAGGCGGUACAGGGACCCAGGUCACACUGUGGGCCCAGCAGCAGCGUGACCAGGCGGUACGGGGGCCCAUGGCCGAUAUGGGGCUUGGUGGCACCUAUGGAAGGCCUGUAAUCUGCCAGCAACCUAUGACAAAAUGUACAACCGCAGGAGUGUGAGGAGAUUUCAAAGUGGCACAUGGCAGAGUGGAAGCAAUGGGAGGCCGUACAGGGACCCAGGUCACACUGUGGGACCAGCA